AUGCAGUUAACUUUUUCAUUAUCAGUUUUAACUACAUUAGCUGUCUUGACGCAUGCAGCAUAUGUUCCAUCUCAACCAUGGUCAACAUUGACUCCUAGUGGUACUAUUGAUAGUGCUAGUGCAUCUAGUAACUAUGAUGGAUCAUUCGCAUUAUCCAUUAAGACCCUCGGAAAAGGCUCAACAGGAACUAGUGCUGCACCGGCAGCUCCAACUGGUGGUUCCGCAGAUGAAACAGAAGCUUCAGCUGUUGCUGGAGCGGUUGCUAGUGAUGCAGCAGUGUCUGUACCAACUGCACCAGCAGAUAUAGGAGCUUCUGCUGCUCCAGUUGAAAGCGGUGCAACUGCUUCAGUACCAACACCAGCAAGCGAUGUUGGUGCUUCAGCUCCAACAGGCGAAGCAGCAGCAUUGAGAAAGAGAUCUGAUAUUGUAAACCAGCUUGGUGAUGGUCAGAUUCAACAAGGUGGUGGCUCGGGCUCUGACUCAGGCUCGGGUUCAGACUCAGGAUCAGGUAGUGGAAGCUCUGGUGACUCAGGUUCUGGAUCAGGUUCCGGAUCAGGUUCAAGCAGUGAAGGUUCUGGUACCCCAGGUGGUGCUUCAGGCUCAGGAUCCACUCCAGGAUCAGGCAGUGAAGGCUCUGGUGCUCCAGGUGGUGCUUCAGGAUCUGGAUCAGGUAGUGAAGAUUCUGGUGCUCCAGGUGGUGCUUCAGGAUCUGACUCCACCCCAGGAUCAGGUUCAGGUUCUGGUGCUCCAGGUGGUGCUUCAGGAUCUGGAUCAGGUAGUGAAGGUUCUGGUGCUCCAGGUGGUGCUUCAGGAUCUGGAUCAGGUAGUGAAGAUUCUGGUGCUCCAGGUGGUGCUUCAGGAUCUGACUCCACCCCAGGAUCAGGUUCAGGUUCAGCCAGUGAAGGUUCAGGUUCCCCAGGGGGGGCUUCAGACUCAGGAUCCACUCCAGGAUCAGGUUCUAGUAGUGAAGGUUCUGGUGCCCCGGGCGGUGCUGGCGGAAAUGAUUCCCCAAGUAAGACUGCUGAUGUUAUGAACCAAAUUGGUGAUGGUCAAGUUCAACAACAACAACAAACUGGAUCUCCUAACGGUCAAGCUGCUGCUCAGAGUCAAGAGGCGGGUGUUACUGCUGUUGCCGAUAAGACCGCUGCCAAUGUGGCUAGUCAGGUCAAUGACGGUCAAGUUCAACAAACUGGUGCUGCUGACAGCAAAGCUGUUGGUACUGAAAAUGGCGAGACUUGUCUCAAGUCCGACUCUUUGUCUGUUACCUUGAAAGAUGGUGUAUUGAGAGAUAGCAAGGACAGAAUUGGUGCAAUUGUAGCUGGUCAUCAAUUCCAAUUCGAUGGUCCACCUCCACAAGCUGGAACUAUAUACGCCGCUGGUUGGUCGGUUGUUCCAAGUGACUACUCUGGUUCAUCAUCCGAAUCUAGUGAUUCGUCCAACAGUAAGAGAUCUGAUUCCCCUGGAAAAUUAGCUUUAGGUAGCCAAACUACUUUCUACAAGUGUAACUCUGGUGACUUCUACAACUUAUACGAUCAAAGCAUUGGUUCCCAAUGUGAAGAAGUUGAAGUUACGAUUUUAAAAGCUGUUGAAUGUUAA